AAUGUCUGCAUAUUAUUUCAACAAAAGGUGUAACAUUCUUCGCUUGUCUUUACCAAAUUUCUACUUUUCAUUACACUUUCACAUUUCAAAGCCAAUAAUACUAAAAGCAGUUCAAACCAUUAUACGAAUAAUAUGACCCAGAAAAAAGGUCGAAUCAUCAAUGUCACUCAUCAGAUCCCAUAUGAGAUCUCUUUUUGUCAGAAAAGUCAACAAUGGCAGUUUGCACCUAGAAGAGGCCAUGGUGCCAUGUACGAUGGUGUACACUCGCUCAGGAAUGAAUGGAAUAUAAUAUAUAUUGGGUGGACAGGGCAGCUGACCAUCAGUACUUCUACAAGUAUUUGUCAUGCUUCGUCUACUACCAAUGUAUCCACGACAGCUAAUACUACUACAACUACUACCACUACUACUGAUAUGAAUAAAAACCCACCAACAGCAGCAUCCAUAACCACAAACACGGCGAAAGAAUUGAUAGAUAGGGACCUGACAGAUACAGAAAAGUUAGAAUUAUACAGUACCUUAAAAGAAAAGUACCAGUGUAUACCUUUAUUCAUUGAUGGGGAAAGUGUAGCUGGCCAUUAUGAUGGAUAUUGUAAAACAAUGCUAUGGCCUUUGUUACAUUACAUGAUAUGGAAUGACGCCACCGAUGGUAGAUUGGAAAGGAAACAAUGGGAAGCAUAUGCCGCAGUGAAUCAAAUUUACGCUGAUUUUGUAUCUGACCUAUAUCAAGAUGGUGAUAUAAUUUGGGUACAUGACUAUCAUCUAUUGUUGGUGCCUUCCAUGGUCAGAGCAAAACAUCCAAAAGCUAGGAUAGGGUUGUUUGUACAUUCACCUUUUCCGACAUCGGAAAUCUUUAGAUGCUUGCCCAAGAGACAAGAAAUAUUGAAGGGAAUGAUUGGCGCUAAUCUGAUAGGGUUUCAGACUUACGCUUAUGCUCGCCAUUUCAUUUCUACGUGUACUCGUGUCUUAGGAUACGAAUCAUCACCAGAAGGUGUUCGUUGUUUGGAUGGCCACUUCUGCCACGUAGGCACUUUUCCUAUUGGUAUUAACCCUUCUGAAAUAGAAGCCCGUUGUCGUGACCCAACUGUUCAAUCCAAGAUAAAAGCGAUUCGCGAAAUGUACGCUGGUAAAAAGAUUCUCGUCGGCAGAGACAAGAUUGACCUUGUCAAAGGCGCUUUGCAAAAACUCGCUGCCUUUGAAAAGUUCCUAACUGAUUAUCCAGAAUGGAAGGAUCGAGUCGUAAUGAUUCAACUUACUGAUGGCACAAACAAUGACACAUGGGAGCAUAGGAAGAUAUCAGAGACUGUCGCUCAGAUCAAUAAUAAGUUUGGAAAUCUAGAAUUUUCACCUGUGUAUCAUUUCCAUCAUCAGAUUCAAGUGGAUGAGUAUUAUGCCUUAUUAUCUACAGCAGAUGUCGGUGUUAUCACGGCGAAUCGAGAUGGUAUGAAUACAACCAGUCUGGAGUAUGUUGUGUGUCAGCAACAAGGUCAACAACAUGGUCCUUUAAUUUUAUCAGAAUUGACGGGGACGGCAGGAACUUUAAGUUCGGCUAUGAUGAUUAAUCCCUGGGAUUAUGCUGGUGUAGCCAAGGCUAUCAACGAAGCGUUAUGCAUGUCUGAAGAAGAAAAAAAAUCAAGGCACCUGCAAAUGUUGGAUUAUGUAGAGACGCAUACAUCUUCUUUUUGGGCAAAGUCCUUUCUUAAUGUUUUGGAAGAAUCCAUUGCUGCUUCAGAGCAGUCAAGUUAUACCCCUAUUCUAGAUAUCAACGAUCUUUUAAAGGAUUACAACGGCUCAAAAAAGAAGAGGCUACUGUGUUUUGAUUAUGAUGGCACCUUAUCAGCUAUUCGUCAAAUACCCGGAUCUCGAGCUCCUACACCUGAGAUGCUAAACGCAUUGCAAGCCCUCUGUGACGAUCCUCAAAAUGUUGUGUGGGUAAUUUCUGGUAGAGACGAAGCUACACUUGACAAAUGGCUUGGUCAAGUCAAAGGCCUUGGUCUCAGUGCUGAACAUGGUUGCUUUCUAAAAUAUCCUGGCACGCAUAAAUGGAUCAAUUUAUUAGAACAUAUCGAUAUGAGUUGGAAGCACGAUAUCGUUGAAAUAUUUACCUAUUACGCUGAACGUACAACAAGCAGUUUUAUUGAACAUAAACGAUGCUCUGUCACAUGGCAUUACCGUCUUGCUGAUCCUGAUUAUGGUGCUUUUCAGUCGAAAGAAUGUCAGAACCAUUUAGAGAAUGCUAUUCUGUCAAAGAUGCCAAUAGAGGUGCUGGUUGGAAAGAAGAAUUUGGAAGUGCGUCCUACGGCUACGAAUAAGGGUGAAAUCAUAAAGCGACUUCUAUCAGGCAAUGACGAGAACAUUGACUUUGUGAUGUGUUGUGGUGAUGAUAAGACAGAUGAGGAUAUGUUUAGAGUACUGAAGAAAAUUACCACAACAGCAACAACGACAACGCCUGUACCGGUAGUAUAUACGGUAGUAGUCGGUAUAGAAGAUAAAAAGACAAUGGCAACGUGGAGACUUCCAACUGUACAGGAUGUCUUAGAGACAUUCAAUGCCUUAACAAGCCACAGCAACAAGCAUUAACAAUUUGUUGAACAAUUGGAAAAGAAGAGGAAGAAGUUACCUGCUCUCAUUUUGUACAUAACAGCAUACACAAUAACAUAAGGUUAGAAUUUUCAAUGUGAGGAAUUUUUCCGAUUCUUCUUCUAACAAACAUUCAUGAAUAAAAAAUUCCAAAUACAACCUGAUAUAAAAGAAUGUGUUCUCCUUUCUUGACAAAUUAUAUGCGAUUUCC